AUGGAGGGAGGGAGGGAGAGAUGGAGGGAGGGAGGGAGAGAUGGAGGGAGGGAGGGAGGGGAGGGAGGGAGGGAGGGAGGGAGGGAGGGAGGGAGGGAGGGAGGGAGGGAGGGAAGGAGAGAUGGAGGGAGGGAGAGAGGGAGAGGGGGAGGGAGGGAGGGAGGGAGGGAGGGGAGGAGGGAGGGAGGGAGGGAGGGAGGGGAGGGAGGGAGAGGAGAGAUGAGAGGAGGGAGGGAGGGAGAGAUGGAGGGAGGGAGGGAGGUGGGAGGGAGGGAGGGAGGGAGGGAGGGAGGGAGGGAGGGAAGGAAGAGAGAUGGAGGAGGGAGGGAGGGAGGGAGGAGGGAGGGGGGGGGGAGGGGGGCAGGGAGGGACGGGUCAGGGGAGGGGAGGGAAGGGAGGGAGGGAGGGGGAGGGAGGGGAGGGGAGGGGGGGAGGGGAGGGGGAGGGGAGGGAGGGAAGGGAGAGAUGGAGGGAGGAGGGAGGGAGGGAGGGACGGGUAGGGUGACACUUUUGUAAACGUUAUGUGCUUGCAAUGCAGAUCAUCUCUGAAGCUACUUUUCAUCACAGACAUCCCUGGAACCCUGUCACAAUCACAGACUGUGGCCUGCAUCCUGUUACAACAGGGCGUGUGCGUGUGUGCGUGUUGGUGGGUGUAGGGGUGGUGUGGAUGGCCGUUGGUGUGUGUGUGCCGAGGUGUGUGGGUGUGUGUGUGUGUGUGUGUUUGCCGGUUUGUUAGUGACGCGUGCCCGUUGGUCACAUGCUGUGUGUGUGUGUGUGUGUGUGUGUCACGCAGCCAGUGGAUCAAACAGAAUGCCUACAGACCCAAUCAACACCACCUGACGCAACUUCAUCACAGGCUGGCUGAAGGAGUGUCAUCACAGGCUGGCUGAAGGAGAGUCAUCACAGGCUGGCUGAAGGAGUGUCAUCACAGGCCGGCUGAAGGAGUGUCAUCACAGGCUGGCUGAAGGAGUGUCAUCACAGGCCGGCUGAAGGAGUGUCAUCACAGGCUGGCUGAAGGAGAGUCAUCACAGGCUGGCUGAAGGAGUGUCAUCAGAGGCUGGCUGAAGGAGUGUCAUCACAGGCUGGCUGAAGGAGUGUCAUCACAGGCUGGCUGAAGGAGUGUCAUCACAGGCUGGCUGAAGGAGUGUCAUCACAGGCUGUUAGCUGGAGAAAUCCAUCACACACACACGUAUUAAAAUGACAAAGCUUCUAAAGAGGAGCUAGCCCCCCCACUCACCCCAUCACCCUGUCCCCCUCCCAUAUUUUCAGAUUUUUACCUGAACUGAUUUUCUAACACAUUUUGCCUGAGAUGAAGACUUCAACCCCCAUUAUUGAGACCAGAUAAUUGAAGAUGCCAUAGAGUGAAGAACAUUGGAGGAACGAUGAAAGAGAUGACUUGAGAUGAUUUUAUUUGCAGGAAAUUAGAGAGUUCGAUGCGUGUUAAUUGACAUACAGCUUUAGAACCGCACUUUUGUUUUCAAGUGUAGUGGGUCUCCCAGCGGGUUCAUCAAGGUCAAGGGCAAGAGACAUAGCAGAAAAUAAUUCCUGCUUGUCACGAUCGUCUGAUAUAGAGGACCAAGGCGCAGCGUGGAAGGUGAACAUACUUAUUUAUUAAAUGAUACACGAACAAAACAACAAAUCGAUACGUGACGUCCACAGGUGCAAAACACAAACCAACACGGAACAAGAUCCCACAAACACUGUGGGAAAACCACCUGACUAAAUAUGGUUCCCAAUCAGAGACAACCAGCAACAGCUGAUACUCGUUGCCUCUGAUUGAGAACCACUCUGGCCAACAUAGAUAUACAAAAACUAGACUAGACACAACGAGCACAAAACAUAAACUCUACACACCCUGGCUCAACUUAAAAGAGUCCCUAGAGCCAGGGCGUGACACUGCUAUAGUAGCAUAGUGGGUUUGAGUAACGUGCUCUAUUUAUAUAUUAGUGCAGGGUACAGCAAAUGAUCGCUGUUAGACUAGAAAUCAAAACGUUUGAACUACGAAUUCACAUCUGUCUGUUCCACCAUAGCUAAAGACGCCCACUCAUUACGUUUCUUCAUUAAAAACGAAUAAUGUAUAUGACUUGUCUCAUAAGACUCAAUUGGCCCAGCGUCGUCCGGGUUUGGCAGGUGUAGGCCGUCAUUGUAAAUAAGAAUUUGUUCUUUCCUGACUUGCCUAGUUAAAUAAAGGUAAACAUAAAUAAAAUAAAUAACAAAUAAUGAGACUCAUUGAGAAACUCUGACUCAAUUUGUGUUAAGGAAAGCCUGAAUAAUACUUAUAAAGAUGAAUAUGGUAAACAGCUUGUGUCAGUAAAACACUGAGAAUUCACAGACCGAAAGAACAGUAGAUUAACUGUCACUACCACAGUUAAUAGUGUGUGUGUGUGUGUGUGUGUGUGGGAGUGUGUGUGUGUGUGUGUGUCUGUGUGUGUGGGGUGUGUGUGUGUGUGUGUGUGUGUGUGUGUGUGUGUGUGUGUGUGUGUGUGUGUGUGUGUGUGUGUGUGUGUGUGUGUGUGUGUGUGUGUGUGUGCGUGCGGGUUUGUUAUUAAUGUGUCUGAAAUACAACCGCUCUCUGACAACCAAGUGUCUUUUAAAUAAUGAGGUACUCUGUUAUGUUGUAACGUGCUAAGGCAGUAUUGUCAAAUGUUCAAUGACCUUUUACAUGAUUUUCCUCUCUCAACUUCAGUCCUCAAGAGCUACUACGUAAGAAGAACACCAUUCAUUUUGCAUUAAAUAUGAGAAAGCUUUUCAUCAACCUGUAAUUACAAAAGGCGGAGUGACCUUGGUAGUGUCCUAAAUCAUACCCUAUUCCCUAUUUAGUGCCCUACUUUUGAACAUAUGGUUCUGGUCGAACGUAGUGCACUGUGUAGGGAAUAGGGUGCCAUUUGGGACUCACCCCCCAGCUCUAUCUGAAGGAGUUAACUGACUCUCUGAGAAAUCGUUUGCAUUUUCAUUAUUCAUAAUGAAGUAUCUAAUGGAUCUCGUGAUGGAUAACUGAAGUGUGAUGAGAGGUAAUAUAAGUGGUACCUUCCUGGCGGUUUCUCAACUGAUCCUUGACCAAGUAUUAACCAUCCUGUAGGAUAUGGUCAAGACAAUAAAGAGGUUCUAACUUUGUGGAGUAGAGGAGACUAAAGAGGUUCUACCUUGUGGAGUAGAGGAGACUAAAGAGGAGACUAAUGAGGUUCCACCUUGUGGAGUAGAGGAGACUAAAGAGGUUCUACCUUGUGGAGUAGAGGAGACUAAAGAGGUUCUACCUUGUGGUGUAGAGGAGACUAAAGAGGUUCUACCUUGUGGAGUAGAGGAGACUAAAGAGGUUCUACCUUGUGGAGUAGAGGAGAUUAAAGAGGUUCUACCUUGUGGUGUAGAGGAGACUAAAGAGGUUCUACCUUGUGGUGUAGAGGAGACUAAAGAGGUUCUACCUUAUGGUAUAGAGGACACUAAAGAGGUUCUACCUUGUGGUGUAGAGGAGACUAAAGAGGUUCUACCUUAUGGUGUAGAGGAGACUAAAGAGGUUCUACCUUGUGGAGUAGAGGAGACUAAAGAGGUUCUACCUUAUGGUAUAGAGGAGACUAAAGAGGUUCUACCUUGUGGAGUAGAGGAGACUAAAGAGGUUCUACCUUGUGGAGUAGAGGAGACUAAAGAGGUUCUACCUUGUGGAGUAGAGGAGACUAAAGAGGUUCUACCUUGUGGAGUAGAGGAGACUAAAGAGGUUCUACCUUAUGGUAUAGAGGAGACUAAAGAGGUUCUACCUUAUGGUAUAGAGGAGACUAAAGAGGUUCUACCUUGUGGAGUAGAGGAGACUAAAGAGGUUCUACCUUGUGGAGUAGAGGAGACUAAAGAGGUUCUACCUUGUAAAGAGGGUGUACCUUGUGGAGUAGAUUGGAGACUAAAGAGGUUCACCUUGUGGAGUAGAGGAGACCUAAAGAGGUUCUACCUUGUGGAGUAG